AUGGCAUCAAGACCUCUAUCUAAUGUGCUCUCAAGGGCCGUCUCAGGUUCCCUAUCGGCGUCGAGGCGGCGAGGCCCACAGGUGUCUUUAAGAUGGCUGUCGAGCGCGAGUAAACCUCCUAUGGUCAUCUCGUCGCAUCAUCGCCCAACCUUGCAACGCCAUCACCAACCCGUUACGCAAGGACGCAUAGGCGUUCCUUCAGACCGACGCACUAUAUUCAUCGAGACAGAUACCACCCCCAAUGCUGAUGCUCUUAAGUUCAGGCCCAAUCACCCAGUCCUUCCUGAAGGUUUUCCUGUUUCCUUCCUCGAGUACCUAACUCCGCGGUCCACCCUUCAACCGCCUUAUCCCUCUCCUCUAGCAGCAAAGCUACUCAACGUUGACGGAGUUGUAUCCGUGUUUUUUGGUUCGGAUUUUAUUACAGUAACAAAAGACAGCGAUGCAAACUGGGCCCACAUCAAACCAGAGGUUUUCAGCCUGAUUACUGAAGCAAUCACGACAGGCGAGGCAUUGAUAAACAUUGUCGACGUUAGGCCAGGCAAGGAGGGUGCUGAGGAAGCAGAGAUGGAAGAAGCCGUACGAUACAACGAAGAAGAUGAAGAGAUUGUUGGGAUGAUUCAGGAAUUACUCGAAACGCGAAUCCGACCCGCUAUUCAAGAAGAUGGCGGGGAUAUUGAAUUUCGCGGAUUUGAAAAUGGAAACGUCAUGCUAAAACUUCGCGGAGCAUGCCGAACUUGUGAUUCAAGUACAGUGACCUUGAAGAACGGCAUCGAGUCUAUGCUUAUGCAUUACAUCGAAGAAGUGAAAUCCGUCACACAAGUACUUGAUCCCGAGGAAGAAAUCGCCGCAAAGGAGUUUGCACAGUUCGAAGAGAAACUAAGGCAGCAGAAAGGGCCGACUGCAUCGCAGGGAUAG